CUUAAUUUUUAUUGCAACUCGUUCAUCGUGUAUUUUUACCUAUUUUAUUAUAUUGCAUUAUCUGGCAUGACGAGCGAAUACAAUGCUGCACAGCGGCUGCUACACAAGAUUAAGCAAAGCGUCAGCGACUUUGAGCUAGGAAGAUUUAACGGCCCUGCGGUUAUUCAAGCAGCCAUAGUCCAGGAUUUGCAGACCCUGAGCAAGCGCAUCACAGAGUACCGAAUUCUGGGACGCCAGGAGUCUACCGAGCGCAAACGCAACAUGAUGCUCGAUCGGGCCUCUGCUAUGGCCGAGGAGCACGAGCAGCUGAAGCGCCGGUACGAGAAACUCAAGCAACGUAAAACCGAACAAGCCACGUACGAUGACAAUCGCAAUGAAUUGUUCCAGCGCAGUAAUAUGAAUGGCAGCGGCGCUGGCGCGAUGCCAAUGGACACGACUAUUAUGAUGGAUUCCCAGGGCGAGGAUGGCGGGUUUUGGGGGAGGAGCGAGCAGGCCUUGGAUGGGUAUAUUUCUCAGGGCAUGGCUUCGCUGGAUAACCUUAGGGAACAGAGGGGCAUGCUGCAGGGCGCACAUAAGAGGAUUUUGAAUGCCGAUAGUACGCUUGGGCUGUCCAAGUCGGUCAUUACGUAUAUCAACCGGAGAACCACUCAGGACAAGAUAUUUUUGGUUGCUGGGAUGUUUGUGACUUGUAUUUGCAUCUACUUUAUUGUGCAUUACUUUGGAUAAGUAACUUGAUGCAGUAUUUUUACCCUAACAUAGACAUUUACAGCUUUAUAUUCCUUUUAUAGUUUACUGCUGGCAAUAACAUUGGUAACAAAAAUUGACUUUCAAAUUGUAUUUGUUCGAUAGCAAAUCGUCUUUAUCUUUUUUAUAGGUUUGUUCUUAUUUAAUUGUUUUGUGUCC